AUGUCGAGCAGGUACCACAAAGCAGCAGCCGAUGGCAAUGUGGACCUGUUGAAAGAGGCCACUAGGAAAGACCUCAACACUACUGAUGAAGAUGGGAUGACACCCACCCUUCUGGCAGCCUUCCACGGGUACCUGGAAGCUCUGGAGGUCAUUUGCCGGAGGGGGGGUGAUCCAGACAAGUGUGACAUCUGGGGGAACACGCCCCUGCACCACGCUGCCUGCAAUGGCCACAUCCACUGUGUCUCUUUUCUGAUCAACUUUGGUGCCAAUAUCUUUGCUCUGGACAACGACCUGCGCACUCCCCUGGAGGCAGCUGCCAGCAGGGACCGCAAGGAGUGUGUCCAGAUCCUGGACAAAGCUGCCACCGAGCAGAACUUGCUGAAUCCAAAGAAGGUCUCCAAACAAAAGGCACAGGCCCAGAGGAACGUCGAGAGACAAGUCAAGGAAUGUGAGAAGCGCCAAGAGAAACACCAGCAUGAAAUGAACCGAAAUUAUAUUAAAGAAAAGGUUGGCACAAUGAAUUCUUCCAAAGGAACACACUCCAGGGUAAAGUUGCCCAGCCUAUUUGCUUCAAAUACCACAAGUACUUUAACCAAAAACCUGAAAGAUACCUUGAAACUCAAGACAAAAAAGACAGCCAACAGCACAAGAAGGCAGGAAACACAAAGAAAUGACCAAGAGGAUGAUACCCAUAGGAAAAGUGUGAUGCAUUUGUUUGAUGAGAAAGAGGAGGAUGAAUUACUGAAUGACCUCGAAGAGAAAAACCUUGCUGGUAAUGACAGUCAGCUCUCCAUUUUUCAGAGGCCAGGUCUUGGCAAGAUUGUGUUUGGAAGGAAUUUGGCUGCAGAGGUAAAUCCUGAAACAGUGUCUUCUGAGAAAGAAGGUACAAGAGUCACAAUGGCCAGUGAGCUCUUCCAGUAUGAAAAUGCUGAGAAUGGAAGGGAGGAUGAUGAUGAAAACAGUGCUGGUGUCCCUUGGAAUGAGGAAGAAGUCAUUUGGGAUGAUGAGGAAACAGAGAAUACGCCCCUUGAGGUAUUUCUGGCAUCACAGAUGCUGGAUGAAUUUCUUCCAGUCUUCAUGAGGGAAAAAAUUGAUUUAGAUGCUCUGAUGCUAUGUUCUGAUGAAGAUCUACAGAGCAUUCAGAUGGAGCUUGGGCCAAGGAAGAAAGUCUUGAAUGCUGUGAAUAAAAGAAAACUGGCACUCAAGAACCCUGGAAAAACAGUAGAUACUUGUUUAUAA